AUGGACUUUCUGAAAGAUACUCAAUCCUGCCUGUCGAAGCUGGAGUUCAACUUUGCUCCUGGCUGGCAGAGCGUGGCCGCCUCGGCUCUUCUAGCAGCUGGCGGCUGGUUUGCUAUCUCCAGAGCUUGGACCUUGAUCAGGGUCCUCCUGAACCUGUUUAUUCUCCCUGGAAAGUCGCUCCGCUCUUUCGGUCCCAAGGGCAGCUGGGCAGUCGUUACAGGUGCCUCUGAUGGCUUGGGCAAGGAAUUCGCGCUUCAAAUCGCCCGUGCCGGAUACAACAUCGUCCUCGUUUCUCGAACCGCCUCCAAGUUGACAACCCUGAGCGAUGAGAUCACGUCGAAAUACCCCUCGGUGCAGACCAAGAUCCUGGCGAUGGACUUUGCCCGCAACGAGGACCAGGACUACGAGAAGCUGAAGGCAAUCUUGGGCGACCUGGAUGUCGCGAUCCUCGUCAACAACGUCGGAAAGAGUCACAGCAUCCCCGUUCCUUUCGCUCUCACCCCCGAGGAUGAGAUGACCGACAUUGUCACCAUCAACUGCCUGGGAACGCUCCGUGUUACACAAUUGGUUGUCCCUGGAAUGAUCCAGCGCAAGCGUGGAUUGAUCUUGACCAUGGGCUCCUUCGGCGGUCUCCUCCCCACUCCUCUCCUCGCUACCUACUCCGGAAGCAAGGCAUUCCUACAGCAGUGGUCGACCGCCCUCGGCUCAGAGCUCCAGCCGUACGGCAUCACAGUCGAGCUGGUUCAGGCUUAUCUUAUCACCUCCGCCAUGUCCAAGAUCCGCCGCACUAGCGCUCUGAUUCCCAACCCCCGCGCCUUUGUCAAGGCGACGCUUUCCAAGAUUGGAAACAACGGCGGCUCCCCGACCUAUGCGUACAGCUCCUCCCCUUACUGGAGUCACGGUCUGGUGGCAUACCUCGCUACCUGCGUGGCUAACCCCAUGAGUAAGUGGCUCACGAACCAGAACAAGGGCAUGCACGAGUCAAUUCGCAAGCGGGCCCUGCGCAAGGCGGAGCGCGAGAACGCGAAGAAGAGCUCUUAA